ACUUUGUGAUAACUGGUAGUUUCCCUUUCACAAACCCUCACAAACCCGAGUCUCGCCGCAACUCAUCGAUACCAUCAGCUACUCGCCAACAUCAUUAGCUUCCCGCCAAUACCAUCAACAUGGCUCGAUCCGACUCGCGGUUUUCAGGACCCCCCUUCUUCCUUUUCAGCAAUGCGUUGAUCUGGAUCUCGGCUGUCAUUGUGAUGGGCAUUCUGUCCUACUUCAUUUCCCUGAACAACAAUGUUCCUAGCCGCAUCAUCUAUGAGGAAGUCAUUUCUGUCCUCACAGUAGCCUUUUUCCUGAUCUCGUUCAUCCUCGGCACGUAUCCGGGAUACAUCCUUUUAUUCAACAUCAUAUUCUCGUACCUCUGGCUUGUUUCGGUUGUUUUCGCCGCAGAAGAUUGGAGCCACGAAUAUGCUGGUGCUCUUCCCCAUACCGUCGAGGCUUUUAGCUUCAUUGCCUUCUUCUUCUUGCUUUUCAAUGUCAUCUCCGAUUGGCACCGUGGCUACGGCGGCCAUGUUCGCACCUCCUCUGCUGUUUAAGGAUUUGAUGCUAAGCGUUAAUGCGAUACGAACGCCUAUUUAUGAAGAUAUUGCUGGACAACUGGAUUAAUACGAUUAAUGAUAUAUGAAAGAUAGUACGACUGAAGUUGAGAACGUAAAGUGGCGUGCCAAAUUUAUGAAAUCAAUAGCAUGCAUGAGUUGACUUAUUGACAUGGCAGCGUGGCCCAUGGGAAAAUGACAACCAUUCUAUCCCAUUCUAGAAUAUGAACCCUUCAUUUCGUAACAAGUGAC